AGACACAAGGACAUUUAAUGCUAGCUCACAGAAGUCAGUCAGUCAGUGAAGAGCACAAAGCCGUAUCAUGUCGUACCUUGGGAGCAUCCUCGCUUGCUUAUUGCUCCUGGUCUCGACUUGCCAGGCGAACACUGGCGGUCUGAGGGCCAGCACCAGCACUCAGGGGAAAGGCUUGCUAUCCAACGCGAUGGUGGGAUUGGCGGCGGUGGCUGGCUUCCUCUUCAUCGUCUUCAUCCUCCUCAUCGUGAAACGGAUCUUUUUCAAGAAAGAGAACAGGGAUGAGGAAGAGGAGCAUGCGCCAGAGCUUUGUGCAGUAUAUGAAAACAAAGCUCUCGAGAUGGAGUCACCGGAAGAGAAAACCACCAACCUGUGAUUUUAGGAGAACGCACACAGGACUCAUUACACCGGCUUUGUGCAAGCACUGUAGAGUACAAUCUUGCUGCUCGUUCAGAAUCAUCAUCAUUUAAAAUCGAGCUAUUCUUUUAUGCAUAGUGACCUCCAGCGACUUCCAGUCCACGCAUACAGCCAAACGAUUGAAGAUUAGCGAUCUUAAUCAACGAUAACGCAGCAGUUUUUGGGCAAAUGACCCCAAAUUGACCUUGUACAUUUUCUGUCACCCCAAGCCUUGACCACCGUACGUCAUUAUUUUAUUUUGGAUGUAUAAUUUUACGACGAUUGUAACAUUUGCACAUUUUGAUCAUCAGUCAAUAACAAACGUACACAGUUACGUAAUGCUGCAUAUUUUCGUGUUCAUUUUCACGCCACUCGGCAUCGUGGCCGGACGGAGAAAUGCGUUCACCGGUGCAGCACGUCAGAAUAGUGCAAAAGUCUCAAAUGACACGUACACGCUUCGUUUAAAUGCUGGCUUGUUUAAGUGUGCAGUGUGAAUAGGAUAAUUCCUCCGAUUCAUUUGUAAAAUAAAUGAAUAAAACAAAAGACUGUGAGUUUUUCUCUUACAACCCUGUUUUGCAUCCAGGGAUUCGAACUCAAACCCUCCUGAACACUUGAUACUCGAUCAUCCCAUCGCUUAGCGGUUAGCGCAUUUGCCUCACGCCUAGAGGGUCGAGGGUUCGAGUCCCAAAGUGUCCGUAGUGUGUGAUUGUGCCCUGCGAUGGAUUGGCACCCCGUCCAGGGUGUCCCCAUGCCCCUUGGAGACACCUCUCGACAAGAACACUGGUGUAAAACGGGCAGCACCACCUAGAGCUAUUCACGAUAAAAUGAAAACAGGAGUACUUUUUAUAUUUGUUUCUUCCAUCACGUAUCAUUCCAUCGUAUUGUUGUCUAUAAAACGAAUAAACAGGCACAAAAUGCUCGGUUUUGAUUUCAGUGCCACUUUCUGACAAAUCCAGUGUUUAACUGUCAUGUCUGUAUCCGCCACUAGGUGGGGCCAAACUCAUUUUUGAAAGGAUAUAUCUGCUUGUGUUGACUGUCUACAUCAAAAUCUCCUCACCUUUUAUAAGAUUCCUGUAUAAUAAAUGCAAAAAAAAAAAGAAGGGAUUUUUAGGUAAUCCCACAUUCUCUUCAU